AUGGCGACAUCCUCUAACCCCCUCGGCCCCGGCCCGCGCUACGGCCUAAACCGCACCGCACCACCCCAACAGCCCACCCAACCGCAACCCACCUUCAGCAGCACACCAGCCUUCCCACCCAACCCCAAAAACGCCCAACGCCUCGAAUCCGAGCGCCUAGAACGCGAGCGCGCCGCGCGCGAAACCGCCCAACGCAUGGAAGCCUCCGGCGCAGCCUCCCUCGCGGAGCUCACAGAAGAACAACGAGAAGAAAUCGGCGAAGCCUUCAACCUCUUCGACCUCGACAAGGACGGCUACAUCGACUACCACGAGCUCAAAGUCGCUAUGAAAGCACUCGGGUUUGAUUUGCCCAAGCAGGAGAUUCUGGGUAUUUUGCAACAGUAUGGGACGCAGGGUGGGAAGCAGAGUUCGAGACAACAGCAACAGCAGCAGUAUGCGGCGCCUGGAAGACAGUUGCUGAGCUUUCAGGCGUUCCAGACGCUCAUGGCGCAGAGGAUUUUGAGUCGUGAUCCGAGAGAUGAGAUUCUUAGGGCUUUUGAGCUAUUUGACGAGGGCGGGAAGGGAACGAUUACCCUGCAGGAUCUUACACGUGUUGCGAGGGAGUUGGGUGAGGCGCUGUCGCAUGAUGAGUUGGUAGCUAUGAUUGAGGAGUUCGACAUGGACAACGAUAACGCGAUUUCGAGGGAGGAGUUUAUCCAGAUUUGCAUGGGGACAUGA